AUGACGGGCCGGCGGGCCCCGAGACCCCUCCCCCUGGCCGGGCCCCCACCCUGCCGCCCGCGCCCGCGGCCGCCUGCGCCGGGACGCGAGAGCUCGGCUGGCCGAGCCGACCCGCCGAAAGGGCCCGAGGCUGGGGGCGCCCGGGCCCCCGCACCCUGGGAAGGACCCCCAGCCGCACGUCGGCCCCAACGAGGCGCCGGCGGCGGAGGUCCCCGAGCGGAACCCAGGUGGCGGGAGCCGGUGAGUGGAGCUGCGGCCGAGCCCCGGUCCGGGCGGCGUGGGAGGGGGCGCGACGCGGCCCUGCGCUCGGGACCGCGGGAACCCCGGCCGGCGCCUCCCCUUACUGGAAGACUCAGGAGGAACCUGGAGUUCCGGGCAAGUCCUGGACUUAGACCAGCAUCCGUCUGCGUCCCCACCCCAGCCCUGGGCCGCGCUGGUGGCAGAGCCGCGCUCCGGGCUGGGAAGGACAAGACGGACCACGCGCUAGCCCCGGGGGACAAUCCUGCCGACACAACCAUUGCCUGUGCGGGAAACCUGGUGGCGUCGGCGCAGCAGCUGCAUUUAGAGACCAAGAUCCUACCUGGCCACAGCCACUGGGGCACGGAUGUGCCCUCGGGCCCCCACAGGCUCUUUCUGGACCAGGCCCCCACCCUCUGCCCCGCCCCGCCGUCCUGCAACCCCUGGACGUUCUGCUGCAGCCGCUCUCAAAAUUAUGAAUCUGUCCCCCAAUCAAAUUCUCCAGCGAGAAAUAUCCUUGGCUAUCGAAAACCCGCUCAGGGGAGGCCCAGCCAGCCCCGGAGCGGCGCCUUGCGGCGCCCAGCUCCCGCUCAGCCCCUCCCCCGCCUGGGUCAACCCCCUUUUCCCUUCCCGGGAAAUUUGCGCCACUUGGGGGGGGUCCCCCGGGCUAAGAGUGCGUGUCUCUUUAAGAGGCCCCCCGGGGGGGCGUCUUGAGAGCCGCCCGGGGCUGGAGGGGGAGGGCGC